AAAAGACUUUAAUUCAAUCAUUAAACAGCAAAUCAAGCUAAAAAAUGACCAUGCAAUUCUCUCAACAUAUACCCAAAUGGAAUCCCUCAACAUAGUCCCUGAUACCUCCAUUUUGCCACUUAUUAUCAAGGCGUGUACGCGCCUAAACGCCGUGGAGAGAGGCAAGAGAUUGCAUGAUUGUAUCCGGGGUACAGAUUUGAUAAAAAACGUGCGUGUUGGGACGGCACUGGUUGAUUUUUAUGGCAAAUUAGGGUUUCUAGAGGAUGCGCAGAAUGUGUUUGAUGAAAUAUGUGAGAGAGAUUUGGUUUCAUGGAAUGCGAUGGUAAAUGGGUGUGUGGAGUGUGGGUGUUAUGAGGAAGCAAUUUUGCUGGUUUUCCGGAUGCAAAUGGAGGGUUUGAGGCCUAAUUCGCGCACUGUGGUAGCGUUGCUUGUUGCUUGUCAAGAGGGGUUAAAUUUGAGGUUAGGGAAGGCGGUUCAUGGUUUUUGUUUGAGGAAUGGACUUUUUGAAGCUUAUCCUCAUGUCGGUACUGCUUUAAUGAGGUUUUAUUUGGGUCUUGAUGUGAGGGUUUCACGACUCGUGUUCGAUUUGAUGGAUGUUAAGAAUAUUGUGAGCUGGAAUGCUAUGAUCAAUGGGUAUCUUGAUAAUGGGGAUUGCUUUAAAGCUUUGAAACUUUUUGAAAGGAUGGUCAUGGAUGGGGUUGAGUCUGAUUCCGUUACAAUAAUGGUUGUUAUUCAGGCUUGUGCAGAAUUUCAAUAUCUUGAAUUGGGCAUGCAAGUCCAUGCUAUGGCUAUUAAGUUUGGGUUUAAAAAUGAUUUGUUCAUAGUGAAUGCACUGAUCAAUAUGUAUAGUGAGAUUGGAUAUUUGGAAUUUUCAUGUAAAUUAUUUGAUACCAUCCCAACCCCUGACAAUGCUUUGUGGAAUUCUAUGAUAUCUGCAUACAUCGAAUACGGGUAUUACGAGGAAGCUAUUAGUCUCUUUAUUAGAAUGCAAAAAGAAGGCAUUAUAGAAGACGAAAGAACCAUUGUUAUUAUGCUCUCUUUAUGUGCAGAGUUGACUGGUUGCUUGAAAGAGGGUAAGAACUUACAUGCUCUUGCAGUCAAGAGUAGAAUGAGCUUAGACACUUCUAUGGGAAAUGCGUUGCUUGGUAUGUAUUCUAAGCAAAAUUGUAUCGAAUCAGUCAAGAAGGUUUACUGUGAGAUGAGUAAUGUAGAUGUUGUCUCAUAUAACACUUUGAUUUUUGCAUUGGCCCGUAACUAUUUAAGAGAUGAAGCAUGGGAAGUCUUCGGGGCAAUGCGAGAGUCUGAAAUCAAACCUAACUCUUACACCAUUAUAUCUAUUCUUGCUUCUUGUGAAAAUGAAACUUGUCUUAAUAUUGGGAGAUCACUCCAUGGUUUUGUGAUAAAAUAUGGCAUUGAAAUAAACCAGUCAUUAAACACUGCACUCACUGAUAUGUAUUUGAAUUGUGGAGAUGAAGCAGCAGCAAGGAAUCUAUUUGAUGGAUUUCCAGAUAGGGAUUUAAUCGCAUGGAAUGCUUUGAUUGCGAGUUAUAUUAAAAAUAACGAUGCUAACAAAGCUGUGUUACUCUUUAACCAGAUGGUAUCUGAAGUGGAACCAAACUCAGUCACAAUCAUAAAUGUUCUCUCGUCAUGUACCCAUCUUGCCAAUCUACCUCAUGGUCAAUCUUUGCAUGCAUAUGUAACACGGCGAGAGUCCUUUCUGGGUUUCGAUUUGUCUCUUGCAAAUGCUCUUAUGACAAUGUAUGCAAGAUGUGGUAGUCUGAAAAAUGCCGAAAAGAUCUUUAAAACCCUACCGAGGAGAAAUAUCAUUUCAUGGAAUGCCAUCAUAACUGGCUAUGGUAUGCAUGGCCGUGGGUACGAUGCUGUUCUUUCCUUCCUACAAAUGUUAGAAGUUGGUUUCCAACCAAAUGGAGUAACAUUCAUAGCUCUUCUGUCUGCUUGUAGCCAUUCUGGUUUGAUAGAAAAAGGGUUAGAGAUUUUUCACUCCAUGGUUCGGGAUUACAACAUCAUUCCUGAGCUUGCUCACUAUGGUUGUGUCGUUGACCUGCUUGGUCGUGGGGGCUGCUUAGAUGAAGCUAAAGAGUUCAUCAAAAUGAUGCCUAUUGAACCAGAUGCAUCGGUAUGGAGAGCUCUACUUAGUGCUAGUCGGCUUCAUAUUGACACCGAAGAAGCUAGAGCCAUUUUUGAGAAACUUGUCGAAUUAGAACCAACGAAUGCAGGGAACUAUGUCUUAACAUCCAAUAUUUAUGCUGCAGCUGGUCUUUGGUCAGAAGUCAGACAGAUAAGAACAAGGCUCAGGGACAAGGGUCUUAAAAAGCCUCCAGGAAUUAGUUGGAUUGUCGUUAGAAAUCAGAUUCACUCUUUUACUGCUGGAAGUAGAUUGCAUCCGAUGUCUGACAAUAUCUAUGAAACUUUGAGUUCAUUGUUAUCCUCAAUUAAAGAAGUCGGAUACGUACCUGAUUUUCGCUCUGUAUUGCAUAAUGAAGAGGAUUAGCUUAUCAUUCAGCGGCAAUUCAGCUCUGUUGAGAACCUCGUUUUUGGAGAUUGGACUGAACACCAUGAGGUUGGGACCUCAUCAUGAUCUUUCAGAAUGAAAACCUUGCAAGACUGGAAGUUCAGACAUAUGUUUGGAAGGACCACAAACCUUCAACCUGGAACAUUAGGGAAGAAGUGGCAACCACUGAAUCCAGGACUUGCAGCAAUAGAACGCCGUUACAAUUCUCAUAUUUUCGACAUCUAUAGAAUAAUUUAUGAAAGUUCAGUAAAAUAAUACUGCAUUGUACAUAUUUAUCCUGUUUUGUCACGGAUACAACAAGAACUAGAUGAACCUUUUUGGAUCCAAAAUAAUCAUCACAAGUCUAAGCUGUAUGAAGACAUGAAGAUGGGUCAGUUCUUCCGUUUGCUCAGCUAAUAAAGAAUCCAAGGUUAGAAGAAGAGCGUCGUGAAGAAUCCAACCCCAGAAAGAUUCAUUCUCAAGUCAAAGAUGCAACAUAUAACCGAAAUAGACGCUGACGAUCCUGAUACAAUUAGAGCAGUUGGAAGACUCAGCUGCAUUAUAGGUUUUUUGCAGGUAAAUUUCCUGUUUUAGUUGAAUUUAACUAUUCAAACAUUGCAAAAGAUGAAAAGU